GCGCGGGACUCGGGGGCGGAGGCCGGCCGCGCCGCGCUCCCCACGCUCCCGGCGAGUUCCGCGCGCCGAGCGGCGGCGGCGGCGGGAUGGAGCCUGCGACCGCGCCCCAGCCCGACAUGGCGCCGGCGCUGGCCCCGGAGGAGGAGCAGGCCACCAAGCAGUUUCUUGAAGAGAUUAACAAGUGGACAGUUCAGUACAACGUUUCCCCUCUCUCUUGGAAUGUGGCUGUCAAGUUCCUCAUGGCCCGGAAGUUCGAUGUGGUCCGGGCCAUAGAGUUGUUCCACUCCUACCGAGUACGUGGCUCGGGGGUGGACUGCACCUUUGGCGGUCGGGCUCUUCAUGCCGCUCUUCUCUCUGCUGGGUGCCGUGCGUGCAUUGGUUCUCCGAGUGUUCUCCCCACUCCCAUAAAAAAAAAAGCAAAGAAAAACUGGAUAGUAUCUACGAGCCCUACCUUGAAGUCUGAAAAUUUUUCUGAAGAGAUAAAUGUUCGGGACCCAACAGGGGCUUCCAUCGCCCUCUUCACUGCCAGAUUGCAUCAUCCCCACAAAUCCGUCCAACACGUGGUACUUCAGGCUCUGUUUUACUUGCUAGACAGAGCUGUGGAUAGCUUUGAAACUCAAAGGAAUGGAUUGGUGUUUAUCUAUGACAUGUGUGGCUCUAAUUAUGCCAACUUUGAACUGGAUCUUGGCAAGAAAGUCCUAAACCUUCUGAAGGGAGCAUUUCCAGCUCGUUUGAAGAAAGUGUUGAUUGUGGGAGCGCCCAUAUGGUUCCGAGUGCCCUAUUCCAUCAUCAGCCUCCUGCUGAAGGACAAAGUCCGGGAAAGGAUUCAGAUUUUAAAGACAUCUGAGGUCACACAGCACCUGCCCAGGGAGUGCCUUCCAGAAAAUCUGGGUGGGUACAUCAAAAUUGACCUCGCCACUUGGAAUUUCCAGUUCCUACCACAGAUGAAUGGCCACCCAGAUCCCUUUGAUGAGAUCAUCCUAUUCUCCCUCCCUCCUGCCUUUGACUGGGACUCGGUGCAUGUUCCAGGUCCUCAUGCCAUGACCAUCCAAGAAUUGAUGGACUAUGUUAGCACCAGGCAAAAGCGGGGGAUAUAUGAAGAGUAUGAAGACAUCCGUCGUGAGAGCCCUGUUGGCACUUUCCACUGUUCCAUGUCUCCAGGAAACCUUGAGAAGAACCGCUAUGGGGAUGUACCCUGCCUGGACCAAACUAGAGUGAAGCUUAUAAAACGAAGUGGCCAUACUCAGACGGAUUACAUCAAUGCCAGUUUCAUGGACGGCUACAAGCAGAAGAAUGCUUACAUUGGCACACAAGGCCCUUUAGAGAAUACCUAUGGUGAUUUCUGGCUCAUGGUUUGGGAGCAGAAAGUCUUGGUGAUUGUCAUGACCACCCGCUUUGAGGAGGGCGGCAGAAGAAAGUGUGGCCAAUACUGGCCUUUAGAAAAAGACUGUCGGAUCCGAUUUGGCUUCCUCACAGUGACCAAUCUAGGCGUGGAGAACAUGAACCAUUAUAAGAAAACAACGCUAGAAAUUCACAACACAGAGGAGCGGCAGAAACGCCAGGUGACCCACUUUCAGUUCCUGAGCUGGCCAGAUUAUGGUGUCCCUUCCUCAGCAGCUUCCCUCAUUGACUUCUUGAGAGUGGUCAGGAACCAGCAGAGGCUGGCCGUCAGCAUGGGAGCACGCUCCAGAGGGCAGUGCCCUGAGCCACCCAUUGUGGUCCACUGCAGUGCAGGCAUUGGCAGGACAGGUACCUUCUGCUCACUGGACAUCUGCCUGGCUCAGCUGGAGGAGCUCGGCACCCUUAAUGUGUUCCAGACGGUGUCCCGCAUGAGGACCCAGAGGGCCUUCAGCAUCCAGACCCCAGAGCAGUACUAUUUUUGCUACAAGGCAGUCCUGGAGUUUGCAGAGAGAGAAGGCAUGGUGCCCUCCAGCCACAACCUCCUGGCCAUGGAUAGUCAGUAACUGUCCCACAAGCCUCCUGCCUGCUGGCCAGCCUUCCUUAAACCACCCUGGACACCACUGAGCCUAUAGGCUGCCAUCAGUUCCGCUGAAGCCUUGGACCAGCCUCUUGUUUUUCCCAGUGCAUGCGUGCAUACAAGGCAGCCUUUCCCAUUGGCUAGGUAGAUGUGGUAAAGUCGCCACUAGAAAGGGCCAGCAGCAAUGUGUUCUUAGUUCCUAGCACCUGCUAUCGAACUGUGCCUUAUUAAAACCAAAUUGUGGCUGUCAGUUUUUGCCAGGGGCCCCGAGGUAAGUGGGAAAGAAACUUCCUCCCGCUUUCCCAGUACCAUUCUUCUUUUUGAGGUCUCUUUCCCAUUCUAUCCUUUUGCUAGGAUUUGAUGGGCAGAUUUGGUGAGCAUCCACCUUCCUUCACGAUGAGCGUGACCAAGUUACAUAUUCUGGAGAACGUCCCAAGUGCCAAGCACGGUAUACCUAGGGCGUGUAUUCCAGUCUUCUGUCAUUCUGUGUGUGUGUGUGUGUGUGUGUGUGUGCGCGCACAUGUGCGUGUAUGUGCACUUACGUGUAUGGGUCCAUAUGUACGUGUGUAUAUGAUACAUAUUGUAUGUGGUAAUAUGUUCGUAUUCUAUAAAUACAUAUACACAGAGAUACUCCUUUGUAAAAUUUCCUGGGGCUCCAUGUUACAGUGCUCCUUGGACCCUACUGUUUAUCCUGGGCUAGCUGGGGUUGGGGAUCACGUCUCCUGGCAUCAGACCACAGAGUGGUAGAAGAGGACACACACGUAAUCCACUCUUCUGUGCUCCUGCCACAGGCCCUCAUCCUUACAUAAUGACUUAUCUCUCUCUAGGAUGCUGCCUGUUAGAACCAAGAAUACUGGUUUGUGGUGACAUUGGUUUAAUUCAGCAUGGAUCACCCUUAUCUAACGAUAAUUCUGUUUACUUGUCAAUUUUGGGGAUAGACCUCCACUGUGAUUCCAGGCACUUUCUUUCCUCUCUCUACUUUUUGGAGAUUGGGGUCUGGUAGUAGAAAUAAGCUGGCUGAACAGCCAGUGCCAAAAACAUCGGUACAGAGUCUUAUAAGGAAAGAGAGGGGGCCCAGGUGUAAGAGAGGGGAAACGGCUAUAAGAACCCCUCCCUGGGAGAAUGGGCUGGGGCUCUUUUCUUCUGCUAGAAAGUUCCUUUCCUUAUACAGCUUGGCCCUGUCCAUUCAGAUGCCCAUCUCUUCCAGCCUACUAGACUGCCAGACCUUCGGGCUCAAGCUGGGUGGGUUCUGGGUCAGUAAAAAGUUGAACACUUGGCUGAGGGAGGCAGCCCCCUACAAUCACUGUUCGCACCCUUUUACCCAACUUGUCCGCUCUCUGCUCCUGGCCCACCCAACGUGAUGUGCCAGGGAUGGAAUUAAGAGUCCCAGCAUUUCACAUUCCCAAGAAAACCACAGGAACCCAUAGACCUUCCCCCACUGCAGAUGAGGUUGGCAGCUGAUCAGACCUCAAUAAUUUUAUACUGUAAUAAGCUCUUUGAAUGUAUAUAUUCUUAUUUUUACAAUCUUUUCAUUUUGUAUUUAACAUCAAUGGACUGAGUCAGAUUCAGAAAAUAACUGUAAAUGUUCAUAUUCAAUAUCUUAUAGCGGUACAGUUUUGUAUUUACAUCUAAAUAUACCGACAUGAUCAAACCCUUUUAGCUUCAUCAAUUUAGUAGCAGUAUGGGGCUGGGAAGGUGAGGAGGGGGUGUCCAAGAGCUGGUCUGGGAGGGAUGGGGAGGCAAGGAGGGACCCAAGGCCUCAGUAUCUGAGACUGUCAGUUCUGAGAGCCACCCACCUAGUCCAUAAGUCAUGGCCCUAAUGCUGGGCAAAUAAAGGAAACCCCAGCACCAGUUGAGUGCUUGAGGGUGCCAGCUAUGCUUGA